CUUGAACUCUAAUCAACAAGUCCAAAGCUUCACAAUAUUGACGACCUUUUCACAAUGGCUAAGCUUCUCACCGUCUUUGGUGCCACGGGCAAUCAGGGCCGCUCCGUCAUCAACACCAUCCUUGCAGACCCUGUCCUAUCCAAGGAGUUCAAGAUCCGUGGAAUAACGCGAGAUGUCUCCAAGCCAGACGCCAAAGCUCUGGCAGACAAAGGCGUUGAAAUCGUUAGCGCCGAUAUGACUUCCAUUCCCUCUCUAGAGCAAGCCCUCAGCGGCUCACACUCCGUCUUCCUCGUGACAACGCCCACGUUCACUGAGAAUUCCGACCUAGAACUCACUCAGGGCAAGAAUGUAGCCGACGCCGCGAAGCGAGCGGGUGUGCAGCACCUGAUUUUCUCGUCGUUACUCAACGUCUCCGGAUCAACAAGCGGACGGCUCAAGAACGUGCCCCAUUUCGACCACAAGGCCCAGGUUGAGCAGUAUAUUCGCGACCUUGGGAUCCCAGCCACCUUUGUGCUCCCAGGGUAUUUUAUGUCGAAUUAUGUUUUCUUGGGAAUGUUGAGGAAGGGCGAGGACGGCGUUUAUACCCUUGCUUACCCUGUGAAUGAGGGGUCGCAGUUCCCGCUUGUUGAUAUUGAGGCAGAUCUUGGUAAAUACGUGGCUACUGCCCUCAAGAGCCCAUCCAAAACACAGGGCUCCCGAAUCCUCGCAGCAACAGACUACUAUACGCCUACCCGCAUCCUCAAAGAAUUCGAGGAAGUGACAGGCCACAAGACUAGGUUCAUUCAGAUCGACCACGAGACCUACAAGUCUUUCAUGCCGGGUUACGUCGGUCUGGAGAUGCUGGAGAACCACCUGUUCAUCGAAGAGCCGGGGUACUACCUUGGGCAGAGCUUAAAGGAUAGCUUGGAUCUCUUGACUGAUGCUGGCUUCAAGCCGACAACUUGGAAGGAGUUUGUUGAGAGCCAUAAAGGUGCCUUUGCGUGAAACUUGAACUUUCGGAGAGUGGUUAUGGGUCACGGCUUUGAUGGCUUAUAGGAGUAUCAGACUGCCUCCGUUUUUGGCAUAUUUCUUAAGUGCACCAAAUUGAGAACCUGCAGGCUUCC